GGCGGAAGCUGUAACGUCCUUUCUGCUCCCGGACUGCCAUCAUGGUGUACAAGCGCUUUGUAGAGAUCGGCCGUGUUGCCUACAUCGCAUUUGGACCUUAUGCUGGCAAGCUGGUGGCCAUCGUAGAUGUCAUUGACCAAAACAGGGCCCUUGUUGAUGGUCCCUGCACAGGAGUAAAGAGGCAGGCCAUGCCAUUCAAACGCAUGCAGCUCACUGACUACGUCAUCAAAGUACCUCACAGUGCCCGCCAGAAGUACGUCAGGCGAGCCUGGGAGAAGGCCCAAGUCAACGAGAAGUGGUCGCAGAGCAGCUGGGCCAAGAAGAUCGAGGCCAGAGAGAAGAGAUCCAAGAUGUCUGACUUUGACCGCUUCAAGCUGAUGAAGGCCAAGAAGAUGAGGAACAAGAUCAUCAAGCUGGAGGUGAAGAAACUCGAGAAGCAGGCGGCAGCGGCUGCAAAGAAGUGAACAUUUUUCACAAAAUAAAUUUACUGUUAAAUUGUU